CAUAUGGUGCGAUAAUAAUCUAAAUUCCCAGAAAACCACGAAGAGUGUGAAACCCAGUGUCGCAGUAAGCUGAUAAAAUUUAGUCACCUUGCAAUGUUAGAGAACUUCUCAGCCUAUAAAGAAGUGUUAAAUAAAUUAAUGUGGAUAAAGAAACAACUGGUUGUUUCUUUGAGUUUUCGGAGAAUUUGUUUAUUCUAAAAGCACUAAAAGUAACCUUCGCUGAUAAUAAAAACAGCUGCACAAUUGACAUGCCACAUUAAAGUGCAAUCAAGGGAAGAAAAAGCACAAUUCGUUUGAUAAAACCAUUAAAGCCCGCUUUCCUGUACCAUUUCUUCCAACACAUGUGCGGGUUAAGUCGAGACAAAUGGAAUCACAAGACCAAGGUCGCUGGGAGAAACAGUCUCUAACAGUUCUAAUCUCUUCCUGUAUGUUUUAUUGAUUACUCAAAGCAUUCAGUCGUAAAUAAAAUUGUGCUUGCAAAAUGUCCCCGGACUCUAAAAAAGUGUGUUUUAAAAAUUUCGAAAGACAACACAAGAUUCCUUUCGUAAUUUACGCACAUAUUGAAUCCGCAAGAAUUCCAACGCCUGGGCAGAAGUCAGUAUUUGUGCAAAAACCUUGCGGGUUUGCUUAUUCAAUUAAAUGUUGUUACGACCGUUCCCUGUCAAAAUGUGAGAGUUACUACGGAGAAGACUGCGUGAGUCUUUUGUGGAAGCUUUUGAAAAGGGAAGCGAAGGAAAUAAGUGAGAAACUGAAAACAAAAGUGGAACCUUUGGGCCUGAACGAGGAACAAAUCAAUCAAAUUUCCAAACUAACCAAAUGCUACCUCUGCAGUGAGGCUUUACAUGAAGACAAAGACAUCGAUUUUCAUCCCCUAACUGGGGACUAUUUGGGAUUAGGGCACAAGGAGUGUCGAGGGUUUCGCAAAAUCCCGAAGUCCAUUCCAGUUGUGGUCUCAAAAAAUGGACUGACUUUUUUACUAGGAGCGCUGAGUAAGGGCGAACUUGACGAAAUACUUUUCAUUUGUGGGAACAAAGAAGGCAGAUUUGGAUUCAUGACUCCAAUUCCUGGCUUCCAAUAUUUGAAAUUUGUGGAGUCUUGCAAAUUUCUCGACGAAGAGUUUGAAAAUCAAGACAGGAUUUUGAGCGAUUCCAAAAAGAAGGGCGUCAGACGGUGGUUUAAAGCCCUUUCCGAGUUUGAUUUGAUGAAAAGGAAGACUUGGGUCCCGUUUUUGUAUCUGGACUCUUUCGACAAACUCACCAGAAGUGAUUUUCCUCCACCUUCUGGCUUCUACGAUGAGCUUGAAGACGAAGAAAUUUCGCCAGAGGAGUAUGACCGUGCUGUGCGUAUUUGGACGGUUUUUGGGUGUGAAACUGUCGGUGACUAUUUAAAACUUUGCUUGGAAUCCAGCGUGUUAUUACUGGGAGACGUCUUCGAAAGUUUUCGAAUGCUGUGUUUGGAUAAGUACAAGUUAGAUCCGUUUCAUUACUUCACAAUUGCCUCGUUUGCGUGGGACGUUAUGUUGAAACACAUCAAAGUCAAAUUAGAGUUGUUGGAAGAUCAGGAAAUGAUUGCUUUUAUCAAGGAUAAUAUCCGCGGCGGAAUUGUACAAUGUUCAAAGCGAUAUGCACUUGCAAAUAACCGGUUUUGCCAACUUGACCAAACCAAACCGCACACAUUUAUUGUGUAUUUGGACGCGAAUAAUUUGGGAGGGUGGGCGAUGUCGCAGUGUUUGCCUUUUUCCGAAUUUCGUUGGAUGAGUCGAAACGAAAUUGAAGAAAUUGCGCCCAAAGUCGGAAUCCUUGAAGAAGAGGGAGCUUACGGUUACAUUUUUGAAGUCGACUUGGAUUAUCCGAAAAAGUUACACGAGAAACACAACGAUUUGCCUUUUUGUUACGAACACUUGACUGUCCCCGAGCUGGGCCAAACCGUGCGCAUUUUGAAUUUCUACAAUAAACGGAAUUACGUGAUGGAUUUCCGGAAUUUAAAGCAAUGUCUUUCGAACGGCCUUAUCCUGAAAAAAAUCCACCGUGUCUUGCAAUUCAAACAGUCAAAGUGGUUGCAACCUUACAUCGCCUACAACACAAACCUGCGGGCAAGUGCUGUGUCUGACAUUGAGAAGAAACUCUACAAACUGCUCAACAAUUCUGUUUUCGGGAAAACCAUUCAGAGAUUAAGCACCGACAAGCCAAUCUACGCCGGUUUCUGCAUCCUAGAGUUAUCGAAAAAAUUCAUGUACGACUUUCACUACAAAAUCAUGCUUUCCCGAUACCCCCAAAGAAUUAACCUUCUCUAUAUGGACACAGACUCCUUUAUUUACGAAAUCCAAACAUGCAAUUUUUUCCGCGACUUGCAGUUUGAUGAGAAGUUGUUGGAGCUUUUCGACACUUCCAAUUUGGAUAAACGGUGGGGAAUCCCCCCAAGGAACAAAAAAGUUCCGGGAAAAAUGAAAGACGAAUGUGAUGGGAAAGUCGUACGUGAGUUUUGCGGAGUCGGAGCUAAGGUUUACUGUUUGGAUGUUGAUGGGGAAGAGGUGAAGAAGGCCAUGGGGGUGAGAAAAUAUGUGAAGAGGAAGUAUAUUUCAGUGGAGGACUAUCGGAAUUGUGUGUUGGGAGAUGUUACAGUUAGGAGGGGUUUCCUCGAAACGGGGUGCAAAAAUUACGAACUGAAGGCGUAUUGGGUGAAACGAGAUGUCUUAAUGCCGGGAGAUAAAAAACGCCGUAUUAGGGAAAAUAAAGUUGAUACCGAUGCGUGGGGACCGUUGGUUGAUGAUUAAAUGACUUAAAUAAUUUAUUACGAUAUUUUUGGCCCAAAAUAAAUAUUUUUGGAUACUUAUUUUGGAACAGAGGUAGUAUUAUUUAUUGUUCUUUGCUUCAACAACUUUAGUUUUUUAGAAAUGUAAUUUUUCUUUACAAGGUGCAAACAGUCUUAAAUGUAUAACAUAUCAGUAUUUUGCUUUGUAUGCGUUUAACUGGUCUCACCAGUUCUAUUAUUUUCUUUUAAAACAUUUUGGAGUUUAUUUUUGUUAUUGAUUUACUAUUUAUCACAAGUGACUAUAAUAAAAUGUUUAGUUUUUAAA